CAGCGCUCGCGCAUGCGCAGAAGAAGACCAAGCUAGCUGGAGCGAGUGACAGCGACUUCGAAGCGGCCGCGUCUCAGAUUGUAGGUAACCAUGGCGGUGGACAAGCGCCUGGCGUUUUCUAUCGUACAGUUCCUACGGGAUCAGACGCAUGGCGGCACGUUGAAUUCUGACGAGCAAGAGAGCCUUGAAGUUGCAAUCCAGUGUCUGGAGACCACCUUUAAGAUCAGUGCUAGCGACUGCCACCUGGCCGCACCCCAGCCCCUCACGGAGAUCUUUCUCAACUCCCUGCUCAAGAAUGACAACUUGCUUUUGCCGGCGACAACUCCUUCACCCGAAGAUGCGGAACGAGCCGAGCAGCUGAAGAAUGAAGGGAACAAUCACAUGAAGGAGGAGAACUACAGAUCUGCGGUGGAGUGCUACACCAAGGCCAUAGACCUGGACUUGAGGAACGCCGUCUACUACUGCAACCGGGCGGCCGCUCAUAGUAAGCUGGGCGACUACACGGAGGCGACGGGCGACUGCGAGCGAGCCAUCAGGAUCGAUCCCAGCUACAGCAAAGCUUACGGAAGGAUGGGCCUGGCGCUAACGGCCAUGAACAAAUACCCAGAGGCCAUUUCCUACUUUAAGAAGGCAUUGGUGCUGGACCCGGACAACGACACAUACAAAUCCAACUUGAAGGUGGCUGAGCAGAAGCAGAAGGAAGUCAGCAGUCCCAUGGCAGCCGGUCUGGGAUUCGACAUGGCCAGUUUGAUCAACAACCCCGCAUUCAUCAGCAUGGCAGCCAGUGUGAUGCAGAACCAACAGGUGCAGCAACUAAUGUCCGGGAUGAUGGCCAACGCGGUGGGAGGACCAGCCGCCGGAGUGGGAGGACUGACUGACAUUUCCAGUCUGAUUGAAGCGGGGCAACAGUUCGCCCAGCAGAUCCAGCAGCAGAACCCAGAGCUCAUCGAGCAGUUGCGCAAUCACAUUCGAAGUCGAUCGUUCAGCGGCAGCGCCGAGGAGCACUCAUGAUGCUUUGGGUUGGUGCGAGCAGCUUCCCCCCCCCCCCCCCCCCCUUUCCAAAAAUUAAACUCACACCAAUCUGAGGCAACUCUUCUAGGAUGGACCCCUCAGAUGAUUGACAGCUGUGAGGAAGACCCGACAUGAGCGCAGUGGCACUUUGACUUUUGACCUGUGAAUUUAGUUUUUCUCGCUAUGUAUUUUGCAAGCCAAUAUUUGAGAUGCGAGUUCAAUGGAUGCCACAAAUUCGUCUCGUAAGUCAAGGUGCCACUGCUGUCACCUGACGUCCGCUGUUGCUUUUUAGUCAUGUGACUGACACGCCUGCAUUGUGACAUUGUCAUUGCACUUUAGCGCCACUAAAUAAUAAAAACUAUGUUAUUAAUGAACACUUAAAAACUAUGUGUAUGUUGUAUAGGUGUAAGUUUGCUCCUCCUGCAUGCUUCCAAACGGGUAUCAGGCAUCAGAAGCUUUAUGGAAACUAAGUUUGAUUUAGACCAGUAUUCAAUUUAUGCCUUUUCUGUAUAUUUCUUAAAAGUGGACAUGACAAAACACAGAGUUAGCUCACUCGAGUUCUCACGGACGCUCAAAUCAGUCCUACUGGGCUAGGAAGCUGCUUCCUUCCAAUGACUAUAAAAAUAAAAUGUCAUGAAAUCAAA